AUGGAUAAGUGGCUAAUAAAACGCACAUCUACAGAUACAGGUGGCGGAAGUCCUAAUAACGCAUCACAAAUCAAAAGAAUUAAACACGUAGUUCUUGACAGCAGUGUCGCCUCAGAUUCUACAAUGACAACUACUGUUACGAGUAAUAUAAGUCGUGAGACCAAUGCCACCACUUCAAGUACUAGUAGUGUUAUUACUAUCGAUGAAAGCAGAGAAACAUCUAGUUCCACUACUAUAACUAUUAGUCAUAACAGCGAUGAUUGUAGUUCAACAGCCACAUCUACCUUACACAUCGAUACAGAGAGUGACGCUUCAACUUCAACUAAACAAGCAACAGCUACGUCGGAGACAACUGGGAAGCGUCAACGCAUCUUUAAAGAAUCGUACAUCCGGUUUGGUUUUAAAUGUACAGUGUUGAAUUUUGAACAACGUCCACAGUGCGUUGUUUGUUCGGAUGUUUUGGCAAAUAACAUGAAGCCGGCCAAACUGAAAAGUCACCUAGAAACUAAGCAUCCACAGUUUAAAAAUAAAGAUGAAUCUUAUUUUAAACGACUUGCCACCAAACUAAAAUCACAGCAGGUUGAUUUUCAAAAAUACACAACAGUUAACCAAAAAGCCUUACAAACAUCUUUUUGA